UUGAAAUACGGUCCAGCCCGCAUGAAACGAUUUUCUUUUUCAAAGAGAGACGCCAUUUUCGUUUUCCCUCUGUUGAUUCAAAUCCGUUUUUACUGCAAAAUCGUCUUCCCCAGCUUUAGUUUCCCGGGUAGUUGCAGACGCCAUUGAAGCUCUUCUAAGGCACAAAUGGAGGAUCACUCAGAGGACAAGAUGAAAGACCCUAACCCUAAAGAAGGGAUUGUGGUUUCAUUCUAUUCUAGUAGGUUCUGGGAAAGGCUCCAAAGUUAUCUUCCCUCUGCAAAUUCGAGGUUCAUCGUCAACCUUUCGAAGCUUUAUGUGAGAAACCCUUCUUCCAAAUUCAAGAGAGAAAAGCUUGGCCUCCCUCUUCCAUUGCUUUCUUCCUCUUUUGAAUCAUCGAAGGUUCUUACAGAAACAACUUGCAGAGUUAUUGAGCUUUUAGAUGACAUCUUGGUGCAAAUCCUAUCAAGUCUACAUGAUAUCCAAAAAAAUCUGCAAUUUUGGCAAUCACGUGCUGAGGGAUCAGAUGCACGCAAAGUUUAUUUUAUGGUAUUUGAAAGAGGACCUCUGGCUUUCAUUCGAGGAACAGUUCAGCUGCUUCGUGGAUAUGCCUCUGAGGGGUCUUCAAUGCAACAUCUUGUCCUCUCUGCUGCUGAACGAAUUUCUGAGAGGAUAGCUGUUUUAACAUGUCUUCAAAAUCACUUGGCCAUGUUUCUUGCUCAGGUUUACAUAGAGGUUGACAGGUUUGGGAUAGCCUUAACCAAGGAUUCUAAUGUCAAGUCAUUGCGUUCGUUCUUGAUUACCAUCAAUGCUCUUUUCAAGAGAUUGGAGCAGUCAUAUGACCUUCCCCAGAGUGACUACCCUAGCAGUCAUGUUGAUAGUAAUCGCAGUGCAAUUAUACUCCAAUUCGAGGAACUUCCAGAGGACCUUCAGGAGAAGUCUGAUUGGCAAGAUGUUGAAAUUAAGGAUACCGUCAAUGUGGUUUCAUCUAAUCUCAAAAGGCUUGAUUCUUACUUGUCUCUCCUUGUGACUAAAUACCGAAGGCCAAGGAAAGCUACUUUACAUUGGUUCCGUUAUACAUGUGGAGCUGUGGGUCUCUCUAUAUGUUCAGUUUGGAUUUUACGGCAUAGCAGUUUGAUGGGAAGCUCUGAUAUUGACAAUUGGAUUCGGGAAGCCAAGGAGUCGACAAUUGGAUUUUGGAAAGAUCACGUUGAGUCACCAAUUCUUUCUAUCAGGGAUGAACUUUUUGAAACAUUUAGGAAGCGCCACAAAGGGAUGAUGGAGCUUGAAGAAGUACAGUUAACUGCGACUUCUCUUCAUAGAAUGUUGUUGGCUUUCACUGAGCAAAUAAAAGGUUACAAACUUCCAGAGAAUUCAUCAGAUCAGGAGAUGCUGGAAAUAGUCAUGGCCAGGUAUGAGAAGGAACUCAUGCAUCCCAUCCAGAAUCUUAUGGGUGGAGAACUUGCUCGUUUGUUUCUGAUUCAGAUACAAAAGCUAAAACUGGAUAUUGAGACGGUAAUGCUUGAGCUAAACCAGAUCCUCAGGGCUAAUGAAAUCAACCUUGCCGUACUUGCUGCCUUGCCAGCAUUUUUUAUGUCUGUUGGGUUGGGCAUGUUAGUGCGGGCAUGGAUUAAGCAAGACAAAGGGGCAGAAGGGAGGGGAAAGGUCGCACGGAUUCAAAGGAGGCUUCUUCUUGUGGAUGCUGAGAAACAAAUUAUGCACUUCCAAAUUUGUAUGGAUCGAGGACAGGGAGGGGACUAUACACUUCCAGCUUUUUAUGGACAAGGACAGGAGGAGGGUGCUCUGCAGAGUUUUGGCUUGAUGCUUCUCACUCUUAAUCUCCUGUAUAAGGUAGUGGAAAGGCAUGCAAGGGAGACGGGCGAAUGGUCAAGUUUGAGGCAGGAUAUCAUUGACUUGGCAAAGCCUGGAUUGCAGACUGGUUAUAAGCUUACGAUCACGUCGCGCAUGGGACGGAUGUACGAUUCCCUACUUCCUUAUUCACGCCCUAAAUAAUUUUGGCAAUCUUUUUUUAUUAAAAGUGGGUUGCUCUUGAAACUAGUUACAUGUAAGGGCUAUCAGUAUUCAUCAUCUUGUUUUUUUCCUUUACUAUUAAUUUCUGAUUUUCCCCCCAAAAAAUAUUAGUUUCUGAUUGAUAAGCUCAAGAAUAGCAAUUUUUUUGGAGGAGCAUUGAAAACUCUCUCCUGAGUUAGAGAAUUUUUGGUGGUCCAUUGAUAAAGUCCGAAUUUUGGAGGGAAUUUGAAUACAGGUCUAUCUCUCUCACAUCAUUUUAACUUC